UUAUAAACUGUAACCAUUUUACAGAUAGGAAGUAGGUGAUGCCCUGUGUCGUCCUAUUGCUGAUGGUGCUUGUUGAGACCUUUCAGCAUUGAGCCUGGCUAAACCUUACCCCUAUGGGUGAAUCUUUGUGCCUGGAGCACUAAUUUGGCAACUGGACCAUCUGCUGGAGUACAAGUGGACCUCCUGUAACAAAGAGGGGUCAGAAAGAUUCUUAGGUGAUUACAGUCGAGAUUAGUGUUGUACGUAGCGUGGGAAGUCACUGACCUUGUCACCUACGUGGCAUACGUGUGAAGGCGUGCAGGAGGAUGGUGGAGUGGUGCAGCUGGAAGGCUAUUGUAUGAGGACUUAGUGAUCCUUGUGCUUGCUGCCUUCUCAGGUGCACUCUGAGUCACCUGUGACUGCUUACUAACCAGCUAUGGCAGUGUCUGUGACUACUCAGGCGUGUGCCUCAUGCCAUGGAUGCUGUGUGACUGCAUUACACAGUGGUGUAAUUAAUCAGUGUAUCCACAAUCAAUGUGCAUGAAUUCAGUAUAUGACUAGCGUAUUGUCUUGUCCUCCUGAAAUAUGGCAUGCACGUGGUCAGGAAUUGUAGCUCUGUUGAGAUGAGGAUAUUGGAGCAUGUUGUCCAAAGCAAAGCCUGCAUUCUGGGCUUGACCGUUAUCAGCAAUUGAAUUUAUAUUGUGAACAAGACCCUGUAUGACCACUAGUAAAUCUGGAGCUGGUGAACUUCACCACGGAUGGGAACUUUGCACAGCAUGCUGUGGUCCACAAGGAAGGGCUUGCCCAGUGGUGCAAUUUUCAUCUUUUACUCAAACUAGUUAACCAGCUUUUGAUGUCAGUGCCUUUCUUACUGAGAUGCCCGAAGAGCUGGUACCUCUUGGGUGCAAAACUUUCUAGGAGAAAAGUUGGAAUCUGCUUACUCAUGCAGCAAACUCUUCUUGUUCUUUCCUGAUAUCCUGGAAUUGUGUGUUUCUGUCAGUAAAACUGUAAUCCAGCACUUGGCAGCUUGUCAGCACAGCAAGUCUUUGUGGGAGGGUUGAUUGGCAAGGGGAAACAUCAAGCUUAAUUUGUAAGGAUGUGAUCCUGGGGUUUUCCAAGAAUGUUUUUUCCAUGUGGGAUUUCCCGUACCAUGAAGGACGGGCUGGCUGAGAGAAUAAAAGGCAGUGGUAAAGGCAAGGGGUACAGAGUCUGGACGCUUUGAGUUGAAUCUUCAAGUCCAUAUUCAGCAGUUUAGCUAAUUUAGCAGUCCCUGCUAAAUAUUAGAGGACUUCUAUAGCACCUGACCAAUACAACUACACCUCCAUCUGUAUAAAAGACAAAACUCAGAAACAUGACUUGCUUGUGGUUCCUCUCUCUUCUUGCUUAUGGGCUUACAAUACUGGAGGGGGUGAAUUGUUGGACAUACAAUUAUUCAGAUACAAACAUGACCUAUGAUGAAGCAGAGAAGUGGUGCAAAAAGUUUCAUACUAACUUGGUUGCCAUUCAGAAUAAGAGCGAAAACGACUAUCUCAAUGAAAUCUUACCCUUCAAUCCGGGUUACUACUGGAUUGGAAUCAGAAAAAUUAAUGAUAACUGGACCUGGGUAGGAACAAACGAAUCACUGAGAAAUGAUGAUCAAAACUGGGCUACCGAUGAGCCAAAUGGCACAGGAAAAAAUGAGGACUGUGUUGAAAUCUACAUCAAAAGAGGGACGGAUGAUGGCAAAUGGAAUGAUGAGAAUUGUGAGAAAAGGAAGGUCGCCUUGUGCUAUAGAGCUUCUUGCAACGAGUCUACCUGCAGUGGCAAUGGGAAAUGCAAUGAGAUUAUUAACAAUUACACCUGCGAUUGUAACCCUGGAUUCUAUGGGAGGAAUUGUGAACUUGCUGUGACCUGCCCUGCCUUAACACCCAUUGCUCAUGGCUCUGUGAACUGCUCCGAUCCCUCUGUGAAUGUCACCUGGGGUACCAACUGCACGUUCACUUGUGAGGAAGGAUUUGUCCUGACAAAACCAGCCACGCUGCAGUGCGGAUCUUCUGGGGACUGGAUUGGGGAGCAGCCAUCCUGUGAAGCUGUGACCUGCCCUGCCUUAACACCCAUUGCUCAUGGCUCUGUGAACUGCUCCGAUCCCUCUGUGAAUGUCACCUGGGGUACCAACUGCACGUUCACUUGUGAGAAAGGAUUUGUCCUGACAAAACCAGCCAUGCUGCAGUGCGGAUCUUCUGGGGACUGGAUUGGGGAGCAGCCAUCCUGUGAAGCUGUGACCUGCCCUGCCUUAACACCCAUUGCUCAUGGCUCUGUGAACUGCUCCGAUCCCUCUGUGAAUGUCACCUGGGGUACCAACUGCAUGUUCACUUGUGAGAAAGGAUUUGUCCUGAAAGGACCAGCCACGCUGCAUUGUGGAUCUUCUGGGAAGUGGACUGAGGAGCAGCCAUCCUGUGAAGUUGUACAAUGUGAAUCACUGACGCGUCCUGAGAAAGGCUCUAUGGUUUGCUCACCUGAUACUAGGAACUUCACUUACAACACAUUCUGCCACUUCACUUGUUCAGAAGGAUGGAAGCUAAGUGUUCUUAAAUGCAAUAGCUCAGGAAACUGGAGUGCCAGUCCGCCCACAUGUGAAGCUUCUGGACAAGCCAAACAAGUCAACUAUGUCACUGUGGGUAUAACAGCCACAAGUGCCUCUGUGUUGACUGCAGCAUCAUUCUUCCUUUGGCUAGCAAGACGUUUAAGAAAAAAAGCAAAGAAAUUCACUCCUUCCAGCAGCUGCCAGAGCCUUACUAUUGAAGGCAGUUUCCAGCAUGCUGGCAAGAUGGUUUAACUCCAGGUGUUUCAGGAAUUGAAGCCAUCUUUACUUAUGUCUCAGGUUUUCAGGAAAUGAAACUGCAUGGAGAUCAGCAGCUGUCCAGAUGUUUUUACCUCUUGCUGACAAGAUGAUUCACCUUGUGUAUUGCUCAAAUUUUGAACUCAAGCUGUCUGGUAUUUUCACUGAAGACAAACAAGCAGAGGGCAAAAUUCUGGCCUUCUGGCAAAAUACUGUCUGCAUUCAGUCAUGUAGUUAUCAUAACUGGGAGCUUGCCAUCUCUUGUCCAGAUGGUGAGCAAAUAGUAAGCUGCUGCCUAAAGAGGAGGCUGGUUUCUCCUCUGUUCUACUCAAAGGUACCUCGGUGAGGUGAAGACAUGCAUUAUUUCACAUCACUUCCUACACUGCUGGAGAUGCCUUCUCUGGAGACAUGGGUUAUACUUGCAGAAACAAAAUAAUUGGGAUUAAGAAACAUUCAUUGAAUUGCUUUGAAGCCAUUGAUCUGGUUUAUUGUUGAAAUCAGUUUAUUUUAAGAUGAUGUCCCAGACAUAAAUGGACAGUUAUUUGGGUUUCUGCUGCAUGUCCCAGAACAGAAAACUUGUGGACUUUUUUGCUAAUAGCACUAGGAAUGUUGGUGCUUGUAAUAGGUACUUCAGUUUCUGAAUGCAGCAAGUAGAUCUGAAAUGAUCUCAUCCCCAUGGGAUUACUGUAAUACAGGUGUAUAUAUAAAUAUUUAAUUUCUUGAGUGACUUUUACUGUGGGUAUUUCUGUGCUGUUAACAGUAAAUGUUUAAAGCACCUGUUCCUGAGUAGGUCUCUGAUCACUGAUCUGGGCACAGGCCAUUUUAAAAUGUCAGAUAUGUUUGUAAGAUUACAUGCCUGCAUAUAAUUUGCAAAUAAAAUGGAAGUCUCAGAUUUGUAUGUAUAUAUAUAUAUAUAUAUAGCAAGUAUGAUUUAUAAAGCUCUUAAAGGACUUUAAAUGAGUCUUAAGUUAUGUUUAAGUUAUAAUCAUAAAUUAAACAUCUGCUUGACUUGGAAUUUGAUAUGUAUUGUUCUAUUUGUAACAUUAUUUAAUAAAAUGUUUUAAAUGUA